AAAUUGUUAGCUUGUUGUUUUCUGUUUCAUUGUUGAAUUAUUGUUUGAAAAUGGCACACGACGCAGAGCAGUACAUAAAGGAUAUACAACGCGAGUAUGUGGACUUUCUGGACGACGAGGAGGACCAGGGCAUCUAUGCGGGUCAUGUGAAGGACAUGAUAGCGGAGCAGAGCAAGCGUUUAAUUGUCAACAUCAACGAUCUGAAGCGAAAGAAUCAACAACGCGCCUUGGGACUCUUAAGUAAUGCCUCCGAUGAGCAGCUGGCAUUUGGACGUGCCCUCAAGGAGUACGUGUCCACAGUGGAGCCCAGCUAUGCCAAACAGCAUGAGGAUUUCUUUGUGGGAUUCGAGGGUUGCUUUGGCAAUCGUCAUGUGACGCCGCGCUCCCUCACCUCCAUCUAUCUGGGCAAUCUGGUGUGUGUGGAGGGCAUUGUGACCAAGGUAUCACUCAUACAUCCCAAGGUGGUGCGGAGUGUGCAUUAUUGUCCGGCUACUAAGAAGGUGCUGGAGCGUAAAUACACCGAUCUCACCUCGUUUGAGGCGGUGCCAUCGAGUGCUGUGUACCCCACCAAGGAUGAUGAUGGCAAUCUGCUGGAAACGGAAUUCGGGCUGUCUGUUUACAAGGAUCAUCAGCGUUUAACCAUACAGGAGAUGCCGGAAAAGGCGCCAGCCGGACAAUUGCCACGUGCCGUGGACAUCAUAUGCGAUGAUGAUCUGGUGGAUCGCUGCAAGCCGGGAGAUCGUGUCCAGAUUGUGGGCAACUAUCGCUGUCUGCCCAAUCGACAUGGUGGCUACACAUCCGGCACCUUUCGCACCGUCUUGCUGGCCAACAACAUCUCGCUGCUGAGCAAGGAGAGCAAUCUGGAUAUCUCCAGGGAGGACAUUAUGUUGUGCAAGAAGCUCGCCAAGAACAAUGACAUCUUUGAGCUGCUAAGCAAGAGUCUGGCUCCAUCUAUACAUGGUCAUACCUAUGUGAAGCAGGCGAUUCUCUGUCUGCUCCUGGGAGGCGUGGAGAAGCUUCUGCCGAAUGGCACUCGACUCCGUGGCGAUAUCAAUGUCCUGCUCAUCGGUGAUCCCUCGGUGGCCAAGUCCCAGCUGCUGCGCUAUGUGCUCAAUACGGCGCCCAGAGCCAUACCCACUACGGGAAGGGGUUCCAGCGGAGUGGGUCUUACGGCUGCGGUUACGACGGAUCAGGAUACGGGUGAGAGGCGGUUGGAGGCGGGUGCCAUGGUCUUGGCGGAUCGUGGCGUCGUCUGCAUCGAUGAGUUCGACAAGAUGAGCGACAUUGAUCGCACAGCGAUCCACGAGGUCAUGGAACAGGGACGAGUCACCAUCUCCAAGGCGGGCAUCCAUGCCUCCCUCAAUGCCCGCUGCUCCGUACUGGCAGCCGCCAAUCCCGUCUACGGACGUUAUGAUCAAUACAAGACACCCAUGGAGAAUAUUGGACUGCAGGAUUCGCUUUUGUCGCGUUUCGAUUUGCUGUUCGUGAUGUUGGAUGUGAUUGACAGCGAUGUGGAUCAGAUGAUAUCGGAUCAUGUGGUCCGAAUGCAUCGCUAUCGCAAUCCCAAGGAGGCCGACGGUGAACCACUCACCAUGGGCAGCUCCUAUGCGGAUUCACUGGCCUUUGUGUCCAACACGGAGCAGAAAAAGGACACCGAAUUGUAUGAGAAAUAUGAUGCGCUGUUGCAUGGCAAAUCCCGCAAGCGUCAUGAGAAGAUUCUGUCCGUGGAAUUUAUGCGUAAAUACAUACACAUUGCCAAGUGCAUGAAGCCCAAGCUGACGGAGCAGGCUUGCGAGGCCAUUGCCAAUGAGUAUUCCCGUCUGCGUUCCCAGGAGGCUGUCGAAUCGGAUGUGGCAAGGACUCAACCGAUUACGGCCCGUACGCUGGAGACACUUAUACGUCUGUCGACCGCACACGCACGUGCUCGCAUGUCCAAGACGGUGGCCAUGGAGGAUGCCCAUGCGGCCAUUGAGCUGGUGCAGUUUGCCUACUUCAAGAAGGUGCUGGAAAAGGAGCGCGGCAGCAAGCGGCGUCGCCAGGGCGCCUCCUCGGAUGAGGAGGAGGAGGAUCAUCAAAAUGCUGAGACUCCGGCUUCACCAUCACGUCGCAGCAAGCGUACACGCAUCGAACCGUCUACCAAUGCUGGCCUGGACAGUGAUGAGGAGAUUGAGACACCACAACCGGAUGCGGGCGAUCUGACACGCCGUGAGACGCGUCGUUCCUUGCCGGCCAGCGCCAUAACUGCCUCCGAGAGUCAAACCAGCUCGGAAGCCAUCACAACAACAGCUGCCACCAUCACAGAGGAUCGUCUGGGCGUCUUUAAGAAUGGCCUGCAACGUCUGUUCCGCGAGGCACGGGAACAAAGUCUGCCCCUGCAUCGCAUCACGGCGGAAAUCAAUGCGAACAAUCCGGAGCCAUUUGCCGCCGGAGAAAUUGAUGCCGCCAUGCAUCGCAUGACCGAGGACAAUCAGAUAAUGCUCGCCGAUGACAUUGUCUUUCUUAUCUAAUCCUAACUGUAAUCGCAUUCGCAUCUUAUCUCAACAUUUCCACAUUUCCAUCAUACUCGUAUUAUUAUUGCCCAUCGCAACUUACGUACAAAACUAUUACCAUGUUUAUGCAUUAAGUUCCAUUUCAUUUUUUUGUUUACUUCAUAUUUAUAAUAAAUAAUAAAAAUAAUUUGCAACUCCA